CUUUUAGCAUCGGAGUUGCUCUAAACCCCUCUCUCUGGAUUCCUCCUCCCGUCCUCCGGUCCUCCCGUUUCCCCCCUUCCCCUUCCGCUUCGCCAUUCCUUCUCGGUCAGAACGACGCGCAUCCCCGCCCGCACGUUCCCGUGCUCUCGCUUCUCCGGAGGCGACCAGGGUUGGGACUUGGGAGGCUAGCGAGAAGGUGCUACCCGGGCCAACUCCUCCGAUCGCCCGCAGGAGAAGGGGAUCUCUCCGCCUCCCCGCCCUCGUCGGGCCUUUCCCAUCGCCACCCGCGAGGCCACGCGCUCCAGCUCUUGUGAACCGGAAGGGUUCUGGAUUUCUGAGCCAAGCGACCAGCACGGUGGCUCGGCCGGGCUGACACUCCCCUCCCCUGUCGCCCGGUCUCUUCCUUCCCGAGCAGAACUCCCCUGCGUCUUGCCGCUUCUAGCAUCGGGGAGAAAAAUUAUAGAGGAAGGAUAUGCGGGAUCCAUUUGAUGCACCGGUUGAUCUCAUUAACCCGGACCAUAAUGGUGGGAACAAACUUUCUAGGACUGGUGCAGUGUCUGCUGGGGACUAUGGUUUACAAAAUGGACCCAAAUCCUUUGCCCCAAACUCCGACACCCUAGUCAGGCAUCAAGUCCAGGUUGCAUCCUUGCACAAAGACUUAGUUUUGGAAGAUCCCAAUACUCGUAUCAUGGAUCCUGAGACCAAGGAACUUUACUUUAGAUCACAAUCACAAGGGGACGAGAUCUUGUUGCUUCGCAAGAAAAUUGCUGAGGCAUCUCUCAAGGAGCUGAGAUUACUGGGUGAAAAACAUAUUCUGGAGAGGAGGCUCACAGACUUGAGGAUGGCUGUUGACGAGAAGCAGGAAGAAGCUAUAUCUGGUGCUUUGCAACAAUUGAACCAGAAGAAAACCCAUCUUGAGGACAAUAUGAGACUGGCAAAUGAACUAAAAGUUGAGGAAGAAGAGCUAUACUUUUUUACUUCUUCAUUGCUUAGCAUGCUAGCAGAAUACAAUAUUCGCCCACCUCAAAUAAAUGCUUCCAUCAUUACAACUGUUACAAAGCGUUUGUACCAACAGAUGCAUUUGAAGCUCAGAUCUUUAAAUGACAAUUUAGGUGAUAUGACUCAACCUGGAAAUAUAUAUAAUCCCAAUCUUCAGCAAGUAACCCUAUCAAGAAAUGAACCUUCCCCAUCUUAUAAUUUGGAUUCAAAUAGGAACACUCUUCAACAGUAUGCUCAAGGUCCAAGUGACCGACAUAUGGAUCAAAUGUACCAUGGAUCCAAUUUUCAGCAGGAUACUGGCGGUACUACUCCCUCUAAUUAUUUUGAGGGAGACAGAAGAGUAGAUGGUGACUCACAGUUAUACCAACCUGAUGGUGACGCUUUACCUGGUAUUGAGGGGUUUCAAAUUGCUGGUGAACCUAGACCAGGAUUUCAAUUAACAGCAUGCGGUUUUCCUACUAAUGGUACUACCCUUUGCAAUUUCCAGUGGGUUCGCCAUCUUGAAAAUGGUACCAGACAGUCUAUCGAAGGUGCCACGAUGUAUGACUAUGUGGUCACUGCAGAUGAUGUUGGUACUUUUCUUGCUGUAGACUGUACACCUAUGGAUGAUAAUGGCCGCCAGGGUGAUUUGGUGACAGAAUUUGCUAACAAUGGGAAUAAGAUAACCUGUGAUCCAGAGAUGCAGAGUCAUAUUGAUGCAUAUAUUUCUAAUGGGAGAGCUGAAUUUGAAGUUUUUGUCCUGGCUUAUUCUCCUGAGGAGUGGGAAUUGGCUACAUUGGUGCUAACACGACCUAACUAUCAGAUUAAGUUCAAAAAGACCGGUGAAGCUAUAAUUGAUGAGAAGUACUCACAAAGUCUACAGAUGAAAAUUCCAAAUGGGCGCACAACUCAAUUUGUUUUAGUAACUGCGGGUGCAACUCUCCCAUUUAACACACAGGGAAUAUCAGAGCCAAACAAUGAGGAUUACGAUGUUAGGUUACGCGAUCUAAUCGUAUUAGUCAUGAGAACUUUCCAGAAAAAGGCUUUAGAUGCCAAAAGGAAAGUCAACACUUAGAAUCCAUGUUGAUCUGUUACAAAAGAUUCUAUGUAAAACCGUAGAAAAUUUUCCUAUUUUUGAUUGUUUUGUGCAGUAUUCGAUGAUUUUUGUUCUUGAGAUGGAAUGAGCUCUCGAUCAAAGUUUUG